AUGUUUUUCUCCUCAAUAAGCUCCUUCUUCCGAAGAAGCAAAGUUUGUCUUCUGUUCUCGAUGAUGAUUUUGACGAUUACAUUUUGUACCCGAGAAGUUGACGCGGCGAUUGGGAAUCACGGAAGAGGAACAGGAGGACGGUCGCCGAGACGAAGUUCACCGAGGAAAGCAUCCACUUCCUCGUCACAAGGAGGACAACAAAAUCAACAAAAUCAACAAGUGCAACCACCGCAACUCGAACAACCACCGCCAAGAAAACGAACGUGGAUGAACCAUUUCGUCGUCCAUAAAGGGUGGAACUGCACGCAAAUUCCUUCGAAUCCAGUCAUCAUAGGCGGCGACGGCGGCGGCGCGGGGAAGUCUUUAGAGAAGUUUUUAUUCGAAGCGAACGCGGUACAGUUCGGUCCAGUGGACGAGGACGGGAAUUCUGUGGCACAAAAAGAAAGUGGAGUGGAUACGAUGGUUUUAGACAUCAUGGAGUGGGCGAAGAGACCUUUGUACGAUCCGAACGAUAUGCCGUAUAAGUUGCAAUACGACGUGGCGGACCAUUUGUGUAGGAUGUUCGCGAGGCAGGAGAAGUGGGUGCACCCGGAUCAAACGGAAACGUACGUGUCGAAGAAAGAUAUUCCGAGGUGGGGAUGGAAAGAUCCGUACGCGCAGUAUUUGUUGCCGUUGUUUGCGGAUACGUAUUUGAGGAAAGCAACGUACGUGCAUUUGGUGAGAGAUCCGAGGACGUUUCCCAUCGGAGGUUUACACGAAAAGGAAAGACGAUUGCAACGAAAAUAUUUCGGCGAGGAGAGAUGGGAAAAGUUGACGAAAAAGUUUGAACGAGAGUGGGAACAUUUGAAAAAGCACAAGCAAAUGCGAAACGUGAAGAAAGAGGACGUGAUUGACUUGUUGAGAACAACCGCGCAUUGGACGGCGGUGAACUUUGAAGUGGCCGCGUUCGCGCUCGGACCGUAUCGCAACCACGCGAUUAUUUUAAAGAGCGAAGAUUUGGUCCAACCUAGAAACGAACACUGGAAGUUAGUCGGGAGCGACGGAAGUGCAAAACCGGCGCACAUGUUAAGAGUGCGACCGCUGAAUAAAUUGAUUCAGUUAUUAAAGUUACCGGCGGAUACGGCGAAUGAAAUUUCGACGUUUCAAUACUUGCGCUCGAAAGCGUCGCAUUUCUCAAGGCACGAGAAAGAUUUCGAUUACCGCGUCAACUCGCCUUUAGUGGACGUUCAAACGCGAAUCGCUAACAGGACGUUGACGUUACUGAAAUACCCAACCGACCCGGAUUUGUUCGUCCCGGACCACCCGGACGACGACCACCCGCUCGCGCACGGCCACAGAGUCUCCGAAUCCUACGUCGACCCCGAAACCAACGAACAAGACGCGACCAUCUACGCCCACCCGGAGCACCGAUACACGGACGAAACAACCUUUACACAUCCAGACGACGAGCACGAAAUCGACUCCCGCACCGGCCGCAUCAAAGAAUACGAACACAUGCUCGGCAUGCAACUCAAACCGACCGAGCGAAGAAACGAACACGAGAGGAAACAAAUCCCGCCGGAAACGGACGAACACCGACGGAUCAAGAAAAUGUUAGACGAUCACGUCAUAAAGAACGAUAUCUUAGAUAACAUGGUCGUCAGAGGACAAAAAGUGAAAGAUUUGAUGAUGCAGUAUAAGAAAAAAAAGAAGAUGUAG